GUCAAGGUCGUGUAAACUGAUUGACCUUGAACUAGCGCGGCAGAAUUUGAAAGACAGUAGACUUUUUAUCAAUCCUGCAGAUGACUUCAUCUCUUACUUCAGUUCCUGAGGGGAUACCUGUCAACCACAAAUAAUCUGGUUUCCUGCAAUGGAUAAUGGAGUGUUUUAUGAUCCAAAACAAAAUAUAGAACGUAUUUUCGAAGUGGAAAGGCUUUUUGGAUUCCCUUCUAAUAAACUAGUAACUUCAAAUCGCGUGUUAGUUGGGGAAGGUGUUUUGACAAAGAUAUGUAGAAGAAAGCCCAAACUGAGACACUUUUUCCUAUUUAGUGAUGUGUUAAUCUAUGGAAGGAUUGUAUUAAAUAGGAAAGUUCUUUGUAGCCCUCAGUUCAUAGACCUCGCUGACUCCUGUGUUAAGAAUGUCGUGGACAAUGGGAUCUACCGGAAUGGAUUUUCAAUUCUCAGUCCAAGAAAGUCUUUUACGGUUUAUGCGAGCACUUCUGAAGAGAAAACACAAUGGGUAAUUCAUCUGAAGAAAUGUAUUUCAAACUUUGCUUCUGGUGUGCAAUACGAUUCAGUUAGAAAAUCUCCAAUAUGGAUUCCGGAUUCAGAAGCAUCUCAUUGUAUGGUAUGUGGUACUACUGAAUUCAGUCUUGUUCAUCGAAGACAUCAUUGUCGACAUUGUGGCAAAGUUGUUUGUGAUAAAUGUUCCACUUACCGUUGGAUACUUCCCUAUCAAGGUUCAUCACGUGUACGUGUUUGUUCAGUCUGUCACACUGAUUUGUCGACAGAGAAAUACAACUCAUUCAUUCGUAAUAAUCAACAACAAUAUCAGUGUGGAAAAGAGAAUAAUCUAUUCAAUGUUACCACUUGUGUAACUAACAAUAGAGUUGAUGUUACUAAUGAAGUGGCUGACAAUUGUAUGAUUACUCCAACCUAUCUUGGUGAUGUAAAUAUAAAUAAUGAUGAAUUAAAUACUGAAAGUGAUACAGAUUCAGAUACCGCUGAGGUAAGCUCCAAUUAUUCCUAUCAUCAAAAUGUCAACAUUAUCUGUCUAUGGACAAAAAAAUGCAUGUAACACAGUAAUAAAAAAGCCGGAUCAUAUGCUCGACUGUAAACCACACUAUUUGGUAUUAUUAUGACUUCGAAAAACCGAACUUUAUGAAUUGAUGUUGGCUGUUGUAAAAGUAGGUUUAAAGAGAGGACUAGUGACGUCCAAAACUAAAACAUAAAAUCAAUUCAAUAAAUUCAGUGUAUGUUUAUCUAAGUUGUGUUAAAUGGUACAGACCAGCUGAUUGAGGUCCACUCAAUUAUCGUGACCAGUGGUUGGACUUGUUAGGUGAUAUGGCUUCAAGAUUAUUCACAGUGGCACAAAUACAUCCUGGAUUUCAAUGUUAUUUUAUAUCUUUUAUUCCACUAAUUCAUUCUUUACUGUUUCAUCAUAUUUUAUAUCUGUAAUCUUUUUUUAUUAUCACUGAUACUUCUACUACAUUGGUAUUAACCUUAAUAUUGGUCGGCUUUAGUUCUGUAUUAAAUCAUAUUCACACAGUCCUACAGAAGGUAUUUACAUCGUUCAUCUUAGUGAAGUGUAUUUUAGUCUUUUAUUUUGUGACAAAUCUGUGCUCAAAAAAUGUUGCAUUGCAGAAAAUUAUCAUAUAGACGCACUUGGUACGAAACGGAUUGAUAGACAUUCGGGUUAUUGAACUUAUAUAUUAACUAAUACAUUCUUUGUUAUAAUUGAUUAUUCAUCUGUACCUUUUUGAAAUGCAUUAGAGCUUAAAGCUGAGUUUCAUGUGAUACAGCUGAAGCUUUGCCAAGAAAUGCUGAGAUGGAGGUAAUCAAUACUAAAACAAUCUGUGAAUUCAGACAGGGUCAGUAUUUCGACUUCCUCAGAUUUCCAUCAGCGUCUAUCAAUUGAAAUCAUGGCAUAAAGUCAUAAUCAAGUAACAAAACUUUUCUUUAUUAUUUAUUCAUAAAUUACUUUGAUACUUAUGUUAACUAAUCAUAAUUAAUUCGGUGAGACUAUAAUUUAUGGACGACCGUUGAGCGACACCAAAGUAAUUUUAAGAGUAUCCAUCUAAUAACUAGGACCAAAUGAGGGUUAUAAACCACCAGUAUGAGGAAUUAGUAUUAUGAUUUACAGUUGAUGGUUAAGGUUCGAAAUUACUGUUGUGUCUUGUGACUGCAGAUUAUGGAGCUGCGAAUUAUCGAUCUGAUCAAUGAUACGUAAAACACAUACGAGCAGCCAAGAGUCCUGAUUGGCCCUGCUUCCCUGUCUAGCCCAGCCAGUUGAGUCCAGAACGCAAUUCUCAGCCUCUGAGAUAUGAAUCGUUAUAUUUCAAAAAUACUCUGUUUAUAUACCAACCAAACAGACCACAUCGUACCAUAAAAUGGAAAACAACAUUUGUACAAUAUUUAACAAGUGAAAUAAAUACUGACCAAUAGGGAAUUUCCAUUUAAAGUCCAAGGACACCAUUAGACUUAACAUGAUAAUUAUUGUUAUAGUUUUCCGAAUAUCCUAACAAUUACAUUCAAGGCAUCAACUAUAAUGUCAAAACUUUAUUUACCCAAAUGGAUGAGUGAAUUUCACGCUAAAAUGUGAGACCUUUUUUUUAUCUUAAACCUGUUUGAUUCGUCUAUAAAUGAUAGUCUCGUUGUUAAUUCAAUUAAUCACUUGUGAUUAUGUUUACUAUUUCAUUUUAAUGUUACAUUUGAUUGAUUAUUCACAGAACUAGUUUAUUUUAAUUAUGAAUUAGAAUAUUUGUUUUUCAUUUGUUUCUAGGAGGAUAAAGUUGACAAAUUUAUUCAUAAUUGACUUAUUUAUAUAAACAACAUUGUGUUAUUUAAAUAGUAAAAUAGUCUGAAACAAACAACAACAACGACGAUGACAACAACAACAACAAAAUGAAAAUGUAUUUACCUAAUCCAAAAACUAUGGAACUUUAAUCUUGUUUUGUUUUUAUCGAUUGUCAAACUAUUAAGUUUGCUCAUGUGUUUGUGUGUGCGUGUGUGUAUGUAUGUGUGUAUGUGUAUUAAACUCAUUGUUUGUUUUUUUAUCUACGAUUUUCUUCUUCUAAAACUUCCCCAUGAAUCAAUAAUUGUUUUUUAUUUAUUUAUUUUAAUAAUUAUUAUACUCAUCUAUUUGUAAUUUGUAUAUUUAUCAUUCUUUUAUUUAUUCUGUAAUUUAAAUGUAUCUUGACAAUUAAUGAUUAUGCAACGUUUUUCUUGUGUAAUUGAUCUAGAAGGAAAUGAUUUUCUAAUAUAUAAAAUUAUGCAAGUCGGAUACAGCUUUCAUUGAUUAUUGUUGAUUUUUUUUGGUAUUUGGCUCGAAAUUUGAUUAAUCAAGAGAAGGGAUGACUAUAAAUACUUUUCAUGUUGGUAAAUUAUGCUAGUACAAAGAUGAAUGUAAUGUAAUCCUUCUAAGUUGCUCAUAAUUACACACUUGAGAAUACCAAUCAUUUUUGCAACAACAAAAAAACAAACGAAUGGUUAAGUACCAUUUAUUUAAUAUUUGAAAGGUAAUGAUGUAAUUUACUAUUUAG